AUGCUCUGGCUCGUACGAGACAAACCCGCACACAACAAGGCAACGGAGCGAGACAGGGUGGGAUCGAUCGACAGAAGAGAUGCUUUCGUCUCUGGAGUAUGCCGUAGGACCAGACUACGUGCUUGGCCCUCCACAUUGACGCUCAUCCGGGAUAUUGCACGACCCGCAGUUGAAGAGCUUGGUCCUCUCGGCCAGCCCUAG